CACCGUCUUCUGCACCAACCCUGCCUACAUAUACAGACAGCCACUACCUCGCGACAUACAUACUACCUCCAACACAACACAGCACAGCACAGCACAUCCCCGCCACUGCUCUGCUGCCCUCCCAAGAUAAGGCGCCGUGAUUAUUGAUCCGCCUGCAGUCGACCUCACCGCCCCGCGAACUGCCCUCCCGUGAUUGGCUCGCGCGCGACCGCCGGAAAGGGACAGGCAGCCUGAGUCACCGCGUCCAGCGAACGAGUCAUCUUUUCUGCUGGCCGAUCCAGCCUGGCUGAGCUCAUAAGCACAUCAACACGGCCCUCCCGGCUGCUCUGCGCCAUGGCAACUUCGUCCUCCCCCACACUCUCCACCUCCACCACCACCACCUCCACCUCCUCUCCUACUUCUACUUCUCCUCUCUCCUCCUCUCCCUCUCCCUCUCCCAUCUCUCCCAGCUCCUACUUCUCCUCCCUCGUCCGCCGCCGCCAACAAAAGAAAAUGAGCAUCACCCAGACCUACUACCUCGCCCACACCGCCCGCAAGAAGCUCACCCGGGAAGCCUCGCGGGCGGACCAUGACCUGCGCCUGCUGGUCGGACACGCCAACCUGCUCGACUCGCUGAUGCUGGAGCUGGCGGACGCCGAGCGCGAACAAGAACGCUGGUUCAACCAGACCGUCAGCGGGGUGACCAAGACCACCGCCGCCGAGCCGCAGCCCCGACACAUCCAAUGGGCGGAGACGGUGGUCGAGGACCCGGAAGAGGACUGGGACCCGGAGGACCUGUCGGACGCCGACUCGGACGUCAGCGACGACGACUCCGACUCCGACUACGACGAGGACGAAUACGAAUAUGAAUCCAACCUGUACACGCCGGUGCGGCGGCGCGCCCCGUCGCCCGUUGCCAUCAUCACCGAGAAGGAAGUCGAAGAGGACUACGACUCGGACUCAGACUCGGACUUUGAGUACGACGACGCCGAGGACCUGGCCGAGCUGACCCUCACGCGCUCGCCAUCCCGACAGACGCCGCCCGAGCUUCUCUUAGACUCCUCGGACGGCGAGUCCGAAGACGACUCCAUGCCUCCCUCCCCCCCUCAACCCACCCCUCUCGAGUCCUUCUCCGCCAACGACCCCAAUGAAAAACACCCCCAACCCACAGAGACUGAGAUCCCGCUCUCCCCGACAGAGCUCGACUCAACGCAGUAUUACGUCCCUGGGCCCCAGCCGCGCGGCACCAUGAUCGAGGCCUACUGAUUAGAUUGGCCUCGUGUGGGUGCCUGAUCGACGCUGUACACCAUACGUGAUACCCCUGGAAUGUUCCAGAACCUUAUUUCUCCUUCGUCUUGUUUCGUCUUGUCUUUAUAUAUUUGCCACUUUAUCAUAGCGGGUCCGGCGUUUGUAUCACUGUCGGGAAAAGAAAAACGGACGUCUCCGGUUGGCUGGUUGGCUAUUGUGAAUUUUUUUUUUUGCAUGCCCGAGCGUUUGGG